GGGGCUGGAGUGAAGUAGUCCGACCACGAUGGCGUUCAACGUUGUUGUUAAAGUUCAUCCCGUGGUUUUAUUUCAGAUUGUCGACUCGUACGAGCGUCGAAAUGCCGAUUCCUUAAGGGUUAUUGGCACGUUGCUAGGAUCAGUGGAAAAGGGUGUUGUAGAAGUUUCCAACUGCUUCUGUGUUCCCCACAGAGAACAUGACAAUGAGGUGGAAGCUGAACUUGUCUACGCUGCGGAGCUUCGAGACCUCAAUGCUCGCGUGAAUACUCAGGAAAAUGUGGUUGGUUGGUGGGCAACUGGCAAUGAAGUCACCAGGCACUCGUCUUUGAUCCACGACUAUUACACCAUUGAGUGCCCGAAUGCCAUCCACCUUACCCUGGACACGACCCUGCAGGGCACUUCCAUGGGUAUCAAGGCUUAUAUCAGAGUUCCAAUUGGAACGCCCAGUGGUAACAACGGCAGCAUGUUCACCACGGUGCCGGUCGAAAUCACAUGCUACGAGCCUGAAAGAGUUGGACUGCAACUCAGCUCAAAGACCAUUGGAAUCAAGAAAUCAGUCGAGCCAGUUCAUGAGCUGGCUCAGGUGUCUGAAGCCACUGGUAAUGUCUUGUCCAUGCUUGACACCGUGCUGGAUUAUGUGAAUGAAAUUCUGGCUGGACGCAACAUCUCCCCUCAAGACAACGCAGUGGGUCGAGCUCUUCUUGACAUGGUCAACUCUGUACCCAAGAUGACGCCAGAAGAAUUUGAAAACAUGCUGAACUCCAACAUUAAGGACCUUUUGAUGGUGAUUUGCCUCUCGCAGCUUACCAAAACGCAGAUUCAGCUGAACGAAAAACUCACUUUGUUGACAACUCUUUAAACUUAGGCAGUGAAAUAAACUUUGGAAUAAGUGGCUAAAACAAA